UGAUAGACAGUCUGCUGAAUGCUGACUGAGGCAUUCUUCAGCUUGGAACAAAACUGAGGACAGUGCUGUGACAUGGAUACUACAGGAACCGUUAUAAAAUGCAAGGCAGCAGUAGCUUGGGAACCAGGCAAGCCACUAUCAAUAGAAGAGGUAGAUGUUGAACCACCAAGAGCUAAUGAAGUACGAAUUAAGAUGAUAGCUACAGGAAUAUGUCGGACAGAUGAUCAUGUGAUAAAAGGUGCCUUGAAAAGUAUAGAUUUUCCAGUUAUUCUUGGUCAUGAAGGAGCUGGGAUAAUAGAAAGUGUUGGAGAAGGAGUGACUGAGCUGAAACCAGGUGACAAGGUAAUUCCAUUGUGUAUUCCACAAUGUGGAAAGUGCAGCUCUUGUCUUAAUCCUCAUACCAACUGCUGUCUAAAAACUCAUCUUAGUGAAUCACAAAAUGUGAUGCCUGACAAGACUUCCAGAUUUUCAUGCAAGGGGAAGGUUGUGUAUCACUUUUUAUGGACAAGCACCUUUUCGGAAUAUAGUGUUGUUCCAGUUGAUGCUGUUGCAAAAAUUCACGACAAUGCACCUAUGGACAAAGCCUGUCUAUUUGGAUGUGGGUUUCCCACAGGAUAUGGAGCUGUGGUUAAUACUGCUAAGGUGGAGCCUGGUACUACCUGUGCGGUUUUUGGCUUAGGUGGGAUUGGGCUGUCAGCAAUCAUCGGAUGUAAAACAGCAGGAGCUGCAAGAAUAAUUGCCAUUGAUCUAAACAGUAAGAAGUUUGAGAAGGCAAAGAUGUUUGGGGCAACAGACUGCAUCAACCCACUAGACUACACAAAACCCAUUCAUGAGGUUAUUGUUGAAAUGACAGAAGGUGGAGUGCAUUAUUCAUUUGAGUGCAUUGGCACUAUAGAGACUAUGAAAGCAGCUCUGGAGUCUUGCCACUUGGGGUAUGGAACCAGUGUGAUUAUUGGAGAAGCUCCAUCUGCAGAGUUAAUCUCUUUUGACCCACUCCUGCUAUUUACAGGACGGACAUGGAAAGGGAGCAUUUUUGGAGGUUGGAAGAGUAAGGAAAGUGUUCCUCGACUGAUUGCUGAAUACAUGGAAAAUAAAUUUAAUUUGGAUGGGUUGGUGAGCUACACAUUACCAUUUGAUGAGAUUAAUCAAGGAUUUCAUCUUCUUCGUUCUGGGAUGAGCAUCCGAACUAUACUGAUGUUCUAAGAGCAAAAUUCCUGUAACGUGUAUUAUCAACAGAACAGACAGCUCACCAUGUGGAAGAUAUAAAUGGAUAAUUGUUCUAAUUUCUUUUUUAGAUACUU